AUGGAUUGGGCAAAUUAUUCGGCGCCCUCGCGGCUCGACUCUUUUGUUGAAGACUUGGUCGAUGUCUGGCACAUCCACCGAACUCCCAUUCUCGUCGCCGCUCUCGUCGUCCUCGGUACUCUUCGAAUCUAUCUAACCUUCAUUGGCCGAAAGACGGAACUGGUUGCCUUGGCUGAGGCUUACAAGGAGCCUCCCAAGCCCAAGGCAGUUGUCGAAACCAAGACCCCCGCCGUCGAGACGAUCGAUGAAAAGAAGGAUGUCAAACCCCAAGGGCCUCGAAGAAUCAAGGGCGGAAUAGCCAGGAAGCCGUCCAAGAAGAAUGAGCAAGAAAAAGAUCUUACGCGACCUAUCGUGGUCCUCGUCUUUUUCUCGUCCAUCACCACCAAGACGGACAAGAUUGCGCAGGCGUAUCUGAAAGAGUUGGAAGCCAAACAAGAUGAACUUGCCAAGCAAUCUGGCCGCCAAUUCCUCAAGCCCGAGCUCAAGGAUCUCACCGAGAUCGACUUUGACGACUAUUUCAUUGCCCCUCCCAAGAUGCAUGGAGAUGUCGACUACUUCUACACGUUCCUCAUUCCCAGCUACAACAUCGAUACCAUCAACGAUACCUUCCUCGAGCACCUACAAGAGACUCACCACGACUUCCGAAUUGAUACUGCGCCCCUCUCUGGUCUACUAGGUUACUCUGUAUUUGGCUUCGGCGACAAGGAGAACUGGCCCACAGAGGGAGAAGGCUUCUGUUUCCAGGCAAAGGAGGUUGACAAGUGGAUGGCCAAGCUGACCAGCCGGAAGAGGGCUUACCCCGUCGGCAUGGGCGACAUGAAGAGUGACCACGAGGAACGACUACAAGAAUGGACCAAAGGUGUUGAGGAAGUCAUCGAACAUGUCGCCCGUACUGGAAACCUUGGAGAGGGUCUUCCAGGCAGUGGAGCCGCUGAAGAGAGUGAUGUCGAAGAUAUCGCCGAAGAUGAGGAUGACGGCGAGGUCUUGUUCGAGGACGACGACACCAGCGACGCCAAGAAGAAUGGGAGACCCCUGGAUGAUGUCGAGGACCUGGGACGCAUGAUUCGAAAGGAUGAUGGUUCAAUGGUUCAAAAGGCCCCCCUUGCCGUCGACUUCACCACAUACAGCUCCACAAAGAAGAUGGUACCUCAAGGACCGAAAGAAAUGGUUGCCAAGAACUCGCCCACAUACGCCGCUCUCACGAAGCAAGGUUACGCAAUCGUGGGAUCCCACUCUGGAGUCAAGACCUGCCGAUGGACAAAGUCGGCCCUCCGUGGCCGAGGAUCAUGCUACAAGUUCUCAUUCUACGGCAUCAACUCGCACCAGUGUAUGGAAACCACUCCCUCUCUCUCUUGCUCCAACAAGUGCGUUUUCUGCUGGCGCCACGGCACAAACCCCGUUGGAACCACCUGGCGAUGGGUCGUCGACCCCCCGGACAUGAUCUUUGAAGGCGUCAAGACCAACCACUACAAGAAGAUCAAGAUGUUACGUGGCAUGCCCGGUGUCCGAGCCGAGCGCUUCGCCGAAGCCAUGCAGAUCAGGCAUUGCGCGCUGUCACUUGUUGGCGAGCCCAUCUUUUACCCCCACAUCAACGAGUUCCUCGGCAUGCUGCACGCGGAGCGCAUCUCGUCGUUCCUCGUCUGCAACGCUCAGCACCCUGACCAGUUGGCGGCCCUAAAGGCGGUGACCCAGCUGUACGUGUCCAUCGACGCCGCCGACAAGGAGUCUCUGCGAAAGAUUGACCGGCCUCUACACCGAGACUUUUGGGAGAGAUUCCAGCGCUGCUUGGAGAUCCUUCGCGAGAAGCGUUUCCGCCACAGAACCGUCUUCCGGUUAACGCUUGUCAAGGGCUUCAACGUGGAGGAAGAGGCCGAGGGCUACGCUCGGCUCGUGGAAAAGGGUCUCCCUUGCUUUGUUGAGGUCAAGGGUGUCACAUACUGUGGUACAUCAACUUCCUCCAAUGCUGGACUGAGCAUGUCCAAUGUGCCCUUUUACUGGGAAGUAUGCGAGUUUGUCAAGGCCCUGGAGAAGAGACUUAAGGAGAAGGGCCUCAACUACGGUAUCGCGGCUGAGCAUGCCCACAGCUGCUGCAUCCUGCUGGCCAGCGACAGGUUCAACGUCAAUGGCAAGUGGCACACUCGCAUCGACUACAAAAAGUUCUUUGACCUAUUGGAGGAGCGUGGUCCCGAUGGUGACUGGACGCCCGAGGAUUAUAUGGACCCAGAGCCAAACCCUGACUGGUCUAACUGGGGUAAUGGUGGCUUUGAUCCUCGGGACGACAGAGUAGAUAGAAAAGGGCGUAAGAUUGAAGCGUCAUAG